CCCCGCCCCACCCCACCCCCACUCCUCUCUCUCAACACAAACCCAAAUCAAACCCACCAUCGCUUUCCUCUAGGCUUCACACAGAUUUCUUCUUCCGAUUUCCCUCUCUCCAAAUCCUUCGAAAUGGAGAAUUCAAAAAAUAAUAAUGAAGCAGCAGCAUCAUCAGACAAAAGCACAACGAGGAUUGAUGACAACAGUCAGGAACGAGGAAACCCUGAUGGGAAUAGUAGUUCUAGUGUGCAAGUGAAUGGAAACGGGGAAUCGGAUGUCGCUGUUGCUGUUGAUAAUCAAGGUUGCCGGAGAACUCCAUUCACCGAACUUAGUCAGGUCGAUGCUGAUCUUGCUCUCGCCCGCACCUUGCAAGACCAGGAAAGGGCUUAUAUGAUGCUUAGCAUGAACGAUGACGGGAUUGAUUAUGGGAGUUGGGAUGCUGGGAGCUAUGGCCACGAUGAUGAUGAUGAUGAAGAUUUUGAUGAUCCAAGCGAAGAAGAAGAAGAUGGUAGUAAUGUCGAUGAGGAUGACGAAGAUACAUUUGAUGUGCAUGCUCAUGGUGAAGCUAGUGAGGAUGAGACCCAAGGGGUUGAGUUAGACCCAUCGGCUUUUUCUAGUGAUGAGGCAUAUGCCAGAGCACUACAGGAUGCUGAAGAGAGAGAAAUGGCAGCUAGAUUAUUGGCCCUUGCGGGGAUAAAUGAAAUGUAUGUUGGACAAACGCAAGAUGAAGAGGAUCGUGGUAUUAAUUCCCAGGAUGCAUGGGAGGACGUUGAUCCCGAUGAGCUUUCUUAUGAGGAACUUAUAGCACUGGGUGAAGUUGUUGGAACUGAGAGCCGGGGGCUUUCUGCUGAUACAAUUGCCUCUUUACCUUCACUGAACUAUAAGACACAAACUACGUCAGAAGGGACCACUGAGUCGUGUGUUAUAUGUAGAUUGGAUUAUGAGGAUGGUGACAAAUUGACUCUGCUGUCCUGCAAACAUAAUUAUCAUUCUGAAUGUCUGAACAAUUGGUUACAAAUAAACAAGGUCUGUCCAAUAUGUAGCAGUGAGGUGUCCACCUCUGGAAACAGCUAGUGUACUUGGACAGGCUAUUGAAAUUAGUUCAAUGCAAUUAUUGAUAGUAAUACAGAGAUUUAUCUCUCUGCUUGUUUAAACAUUCUUGGUGUACACUGGCUGGCUUCCUUUGUUCUGUUUCUCAUAUAAAAUAUCAUUAAUGUAACAAGUCUCUAAUAAUUCCCUCCUUUUAAUUUGAUAGCUUUUUAGUUUUA